ACAAAGCCAAUCCAAAAGUAAAAUAAUUAAAUUAAACACACAAACAUACAAAAAAGAAAAACAAGAAACAAUUAAAUGUGCCAACAAUAUUUAGCAAGUAAACAAAAAACAAUAUAAGUCAAAGGGAAAACAAGAAAAUCGAUGCCUGUAAACAUAAUUAUAAAAUAUACUAAAAGCACUUAUCCCAAAAAGAGAACGAGAAGCUCGAGGAGAGAGUAGAAAGAGUGAAAGAACACUGAGCAAAAAUAAAUUAAUUGCGUAGCCAUAGGAGUAAAUUAAUCGAAAGUCCAGUGAGAAUCAAUCAAAAUGCGCUUCACCUACAAUCAGUAUAAACAUUACGAAUCCGGUUAUCGGAUUCCAUCGAAAAUGCAUAAUCUGAGCCACCAUAAUAGCAACAACAAUAAUAAUAACACCAACAACAACAAUAGUAAUAACAAUAAUGGGGGUGGCCACAACAACAACAAUAGCCAUCAUUAUGCCCAUCACAACAACAACAAUAACGGCGGCAACAACAACACAAAUUUUCAAGCCUAUCAGCAUCAUUACAAAAGCAAUUUUGGCAUGAGGAUGACCAUGUCCACGAAUUCCACAAUGAGUGCGCGAAUACAUCGGAAGGGAUUUCGCAUACCAUCGAAAAGACAGCCGGGUAAGGGAUUGCCCGGCAAGUUGCAUACCAUCACCAGGGCGGGUCCCGGAAAGAUAGUUCCUGGGAAGCGAAUACCACAACGACCCCAUCCGCCGCCCUGCGACAACUCCAACGACAGUGGCCUUGGCUUCGAUCAGCACACGGAGCUGAGGUCCUCGGGCGGAGGCGGGGGCGGGGGCGUGGCCGAUCCUGCGGUCAAUGGAGGAGGCAGUGGCGCCAACUCCGCCCAGCGGUCCAACUUGCUGGUCAAUAGCGCUCUAACCAACACAGUGGCUGCUGCGGCAGCCGCGGCAGCUGCUGCAGUGGCCAGCAACACGUUGCAGCAACAUCAGCAGCACCACCAGCAACAGCAGCAGCAACAGCAGCAGCAGCAACAACAGCAGCAACAGCAGCAGCAACAACAACAGCAGCAACAUUCACCGCAGCAGCAUUUAAUACGAGCGAUACCUGUAUCAAGAUCGCGGCACGACAAGAAAAUGAUGGGUCACUAUCUGGAGGAUCUGGACCUCGUGUCGGCGUCCUCCUCGGAGGACUCGGCAGCCUCGACGCCGCCGGGCGUCCUGGACGAGGACACGGGCUUUGUGAACGACAGCAAUUCGACGACCAUCGGUGGCAAUAGCAACUCGGAUCCCUUUGGAGGCGUUUUCCAGGCCACCGAAGCAGCCGUGGCAGCGGCGGUAAAUGCCUUCACCCUGCAACAGCAGCAGCAGCAGCAGCAACAUCAGGUGCAACAGCAGCAACAGUUUCAGUACAACGGAUUGCUGUUGCAGCAACAGCAGCAACAUCACCAGCAGCAGCAACAUCAUCACCAUCAUCAUCAUCAUCGACAUGGCAAGCACAUCAAACGCAAGAAGUUCGAGUGCAAUCAGGUGGAACUGGACAACGAUGAUGCCUGCAGCGAGGAUGAGUUUAUCCGCAAGAUUGCCAGUUCGGUGGCUGUGGCAUCGGGUACAGUGGCAGAUGCCACGCCCCCUGUGGCCGCCCCCGCACCUGCCACGCCCACUGUUAGCCUCCUGCCGCGCAUCAGCAGCAGCAACAACAGCAACAGCAACAACAAUGAGACAAAAUUCAUAUCGGCCAGGACUGUCACCCGGGUGGCCAACAAGCGGCAGCCGACGACGCCGCUGAACAGCAUCGCCAGCUCCAACGACGGCCAGGUGCAGCUGGAGAUCGUCUCGCAGCCGGAGCAGCAGCACCGGGCCCGCUACCAGACGGAGGGCAGCCGGGGAGCCGUCAAGGAUCGCAGCGGCAACGGAUUCCCCAUCGUUCGGCUCGCCGGCUACGACAAGGGCGCCGUUCUGCAGGUCUUCAUCGGCACCGACAUUGGCCGCGUGGCACCGCACAUGUUCUAUCAGGCCUGCAAGGUCGCCGGCAAGAACUCGACGCAGUGCAACGAGAAGAAGGUCGACGGCACCAUGGUCAUCGAGAUCGAUUUCAAGCCCGAAACGGACAUGACCGUCACCUGCGAUUGCGUUGGCAUCUUGAAGGAACGCAAUGUGGAUGUGGAGCACCGGUUUCCGGAGCAUCUGGCGCAGAAGAACAAGAAGAAGUCGACCCGCUGCCGCAUGGUGUUCCGCACUCAGCUGACCCGCGACGAUGGCACCACCGAGACCCUGCAGGUCUGCUCGAAUCCCAUCAUCUGCACUCAACCACCUGGCGUACCGGAGAUAUGCAAGAAAUCAUUGAACUCGUGUCCCGUUGACGGCGGCCUCGAGCUAUUCAUCAUCGGCAAGAACUUCCUGAAGGACACGCACGUGGUGUUCCAGGAGACCUACGACAGCGUCAAUGGCGACGAUCCGGCCACCGAGAUAGCAGUGCGCCAGCAGCUCAUCGGCGGGACCGCCGCCCUUUGGGAGCAGAGCGUUCUGCCGGACAAGGAGUAUCUCCACCAGACCCAUUUGAUUUGCACCGUGCCGCCGUAUCUGCACCAGAGCAUCCUGAAGCCCGUCCAGGUGCAGGUCUCCAUUGUCUCGAGCGGCAAGAAGAGCGAGCCGCACACGUUCACCUACACGCCCAAGGGACAGUACACGACGCUGGCGGCGGCCAGCACGUUAAGUAACACAAUCCACGCCCAAGAUGUGAGCGGUUUCAUGGACACCACCGCGGCGUCCGCUUCGAGUGGCUCCUCCUCUGGUGGCCCCUGGAGCGGUCCAGCCGCCAAUCCCGGCGACAAUGUGGAGGCCAAGCACGAGAUCGACUCGGGAAUGAUGCCGCCGCCGAUCACCACCCAGAUACCGAUGGGCGUGCGCCGCUCCUCGCUGCCCAGCGUGACGCCCAUGAUCACGGACCAGCAGCUGGUCCACCUGAGUGCGGUGGCCAGUGCGGAGGCGCUGAAGACGGAGCUCCUGGACGACGGCAAUUCGCAUAGUCCCCUGACAGGGGAAUCCACGCCGGAUAGUCCGAAUGCAGCGCUGCAGUAUCAUCGCUUUGCCCAUCGAAAGCCCAGCCUGGAUACCAUCAUGUACGAUCAGUCCAACAGCUUGCCCGGUUUCCCGGCCGUCGUGGCUCCCGCAACAGCAGCCGCUGUGGCCGCCGCCGUGGAUAUCGAUCCCGCUGCCGUCGCCGUGGCCGUGGAACUGGCCGUCAAGAACGAGAUUGUCAAGCAUGUGGUGCAGCAGCAUCAGCAGAUGCAGGAGCAAAUGCAGGAGCAGCAGCAGCAGCAGCAACAGCAGCAACAGCAGCAGCAACAGCAGCAGCAGCAGCAGCAACCCCAGCAGCAACAGCAACAGCAGCAGCAGCAACAGGUGCACAAAUUCAUCGAUGAGCUGACCAAAUCCACUUCAGUGGUCACCAGCAAUGGCACCAGUGAACCGGCGCUCUUCACCACCUCGGCGGUGAUUGAUCACGCCCUCACCGAUAUUCUGCAGGCCAAGGUGGGCAUUGCACCGCCGAAUGUGGUGCUCGAGAGGAGCCUAUCCCUGAGCUCCACAAACUCUAACAGUUCAAUGAGCGGCGGCAGCGAGAGUUCGCCCAACAGUUCGCCGCUCACCCAGGAUAUCAUACUCAAUUCAGAGCCCGCCGCAGCUCUCGCCGGAGCAGCUGCCUUGGGCGGACCGGCGCCCGUGGAUGUGGUGACCGGUGGCCUGUCCACCGACAUCAUCAUGAAUCCCGCCGUCUCGCCCUCGACGAUUCUGUGCUCGGCCAAUGGAGCAGCUACUGCGGUGGUGCCUAAUAUCCUGGCUCCCCACCAGGUGACCAUGGCCAAUUCGAUACUGAACGACAUUGCCAUGCAGCCGGAGCCCACGCAGCAGGAUGCAGCGGUGGCCGCCUUGGCGCUGAGCAACAUCAUGAUGAGUCCACCGACGGCGGUGGUGGCGUCGGGCGUCGGAGUGGUGGACACUUUGCCGCCGACGCCGGCGGCCAUGCAGCCCGAGGUGGCGGCCACAGCGACGUCGACGGCGGUGAGCAACAUGAUCAUCAAGGCGGCGGCGGACUUUAUAACCACGCAGGAGCAGGAACAGGAGCAGCAUAACUACCAUCAUCGCGUCCAUUCGCAUUCGCCGCAGGCGGCCGUCGGCGUUAGCGGCAAUCCGGCGGAGACGGCCUCGGAUCCGCUGGUCAAUCUGCUGCUGAAUCACUCGAGCACACCGGAAACAGCGGCCGCAGCCGCCGCAGCGGUGGCCGUGGAGGCGGCCAACUUUCAGUCGAUGGGCCACAGCCACCACGCCAUGAAUCACAGCCACCACGGGCAUAGUCACAGUCACCCCCAUAGUCACAGUCAUGGUCACCAUCAUGGCCACCAUCAUGGCCACCACUUGCCGGUGGUGCCGCCGACACCACAAGAAUCUCUGAUCGUAGCGCUGGCCAGCGAGAAUGCGCUGCAAAAGUCGGUGGCCACCGCCGCGGUGACCACCAACGGGGCGGUGAUGACGCAGCAGGCGUCGGCACCGAACACCGCCGGCAGCAUCCUGCCCGCGGCGGUGGGAGCGGUGGCUGCGGCGGCCGCCGUGGCGGUACAGCCGCCCAUUCCCCAGGAGCUGACCACGAUGUCGGAUCAGGAUUUGAUCAGCUACAUCAAUCCGAGCACCUUCGAUCAGCUUUAAACGGCUUCAGAUCAACAAAUUAAACUACGUGGACUUGUUUUUUUUUUAAUUAACAAUAAAUGUCACUCCUACACAGGCUUAGUCUUAAGUAUAUAUGUAGUAUAUAGACACACACAAACACAAACACAAACGAUAAGGUUUCAUGUGGACCAACUUUUUGACCAAGUGGAUGGUUUAAAAUCGGGAGAAGAAAGCGAAAAAACCACUAACACACACACACAAACACACAUUAGUAGCUGUAGCUUUGUUUUUACAUUUAGGAAUAAACCCUACCUUAUAUGGAAUACCUACAUUUA